AUGGCGGCUAUGGUGUUGGCGGCGACGCGGCUGCUGCGAGGCUCGAGCUCCUGGGGCCGCUCGCGGCUGAGGUUUGGAACCCCUGCGUACAGACAGUUUAGUAGUGGUGGUGCCUACCCCAACAUCCCCCUGUCUUCUCCCUUACCUGGAGUACCCAAGCCCGUUUUUGCUACAGUUGAUGGACAGGAAAAGUUUGAAACCAAAAUUACCACACUGGAUAAUGGGCUUCGUGUGGCAUCCCAGAAUAAGUUUGGACAGUUCUGUACAGUAGGAAUUCUUAUUAAUUCAGGAUCAAGAUAUGAAGCAAAAUAUCUUAGUGGAAUUGCUCACUUUUUGGAAAAAUUGGCAUUUUCGUCUACUGAUCGAUUUGGCAGCAAAGAUGAAAUUCUGCUUACCUUGGAAAAGCAUGGGGGUAUUUGUGACUGCCAGACGUCGAGAGACACCACCAUGUAUGCUGUGUCUGCUGAUUCUAAAGGCCUGGAGACGGUGGUUGGUUUGCUGGCUGAUGUGGUCCUGCACCCCCAGCUGACAGAUGAGGAAAUUGAGAUGACCCGAAUGGCAGUCCAGUUUGAGCUGGAGGACCUCAACAUGAGGCCCGACCCGGAACCGCUUCUCACCGAGAUGAUCCACGAGGCUGCUUACAGGGAAAACACAGUUGGCCUGCACCGUUUCUGCCCCACAGAGAACAUAGCAAAGAUCAAUCGAGAGGUGCUUUAUUCCUACCUGAGAAACUACUACACCCCCGACCGCAUGGUGCUGGCUGGAGUGGGGGUGGAGCACGAGCGCCUGGUGGAAUGUGCCAGAAAGCAUCUCCUGGGGGACCGCCCAGCCUGGGGCAGCGAGGCGGCCGUGCAGGUUGACAGAUCGGUGGCGCAGUACACCGGGGGCAUCGCCAAGCUGGAAAGAGACAUGUCCAAUGUCAGCCUGGGCCCUGCCCCAUUCCCGGAGCUUACGCACAUCAUGAUAGGGCUGGAGAGCUGCUCCUUCUUGGAGGCAGACUUCAUCCCUUUUGCAGUGCUGAACAUGAUGAUGGGGGGCGGCGGCUCCUUCUCAGCAGGCGGGCCCGGCAAGGGCAUGUUCACCAGGCUCUACCUCAACGUGCUCAACAGGCACCACUGGAUGUACAAUGCGACCUCCUAUCAUCACAGCUAUGAGGACACGGGCCUCCUGUGCAUCCAUGCCAGCGCUGACCCCAGACAGGUUCGGGAGAUGGUGGAAAUCAUCACCAGAGAAUUUGUUUUAAUGGCUGGAACCGUGGACGUGGUGGAGCUGGAGCGGGCCAAGACCCAGCUGAUGUCCAUGCUCAUGAUGAACCUGGAGGCCAGGCCUGUCAUCUUCGAGGACGUGGGCAGGCAGGUGCUGGCCACCCGCUCCCGGAAGCUGCCCCACGAGCUGUGUGCGCUCAUCCGUGAUGUGAAGCCAGAAGACAUCAAGAGAGUUGCUUCUAAGAUGCUGCGGGGGAAGCCUGCAGUGGCCGCACUGGGGGACCUGACUGACCUGCCGACAUACGAGCACGUGCAGGCGGCGCUGUCCAGCAAGGACGGGCGCCUGCCCAGGAUGUACCGGCUCUUCCGAUAGAGGCCCUGGGACCCGCAGACCCAGAGCUGUUAGCACCUUUUUAUGUGCUUCUUGGGAUGUGACUUUAGAGCAAACAUUCAUAAAUGGUGCACUCUCGGGCUUUUUUCCCUAAACAUCAGUGAACCUAUUUAAUGUCACCAGAGCACAACUCUUCAGAAUUGAACGUGCCAAUCAGUGGAAUAAAGAUUUCUCUCCACGACUGCAGCUGGACACCAGGUGAAGCACAGAGGUUACAGUCACCACUGUAGUCAGACCAGGUCGGUCUCCACACCUCCACAAGGAGCUUCGCUGGGAGGGGGCCUCCAUGAGGUCUCCGGGACUGGCAGUCCCUGGGUGGGGGAGCACCCAGCCGUCUCCUCAGGCCAGCAGGCUGUCAACCCUGCCCGCUGCCGAGAGGCCUGUGCUGCCCACACUGAGUGCCAUGGUGGGUCCCGGGGCAACGUGAGCACCCGCUUCUCUCCCUGAGGGUUGUCCAGCUUGACCCAGCACUGUGAACCCUCUUGCCCGACCUCCGAGGUGUGGAUGUGCAUGGGGUGGGGGAGGUGGGGUGCUUACAACUGACAGGUGGAAACAGCAAAGCCCGUGAACAUGAUGAAGGGUGAGGAGCUCAAAAGGUCUGGCGACCUUGGUGACCCAGGACACUUCGGGGGCCUCAGACACACACAGGCCCUGGGUUCCAUGUGGGAGGCCGGGGCCUGGACACGUGCAUUGGCUGCCUUGGGCUGUUCCCGUGCUGCCGUGGUUCAGAAGGCGGCUUCCUGGUGGUCAGCAGCUUGCACUUGGACCGCAGUUUUAUAGAGGAGUCAUCUCCAAAUUGUAUUUUUUGAAGUGUGAAGAGGCGCAGGCUCUGCAGUCCAGCUUGGAGGGGUGGGGGGGGUACAAGAAAAAAUAAACACGUGAGCAUCGCC